AGUUUCGGGAAGGGCGGUCGCGUUACGCUUUCCUCGUCGCGCGAUUCGCGGAGAGUCGGGGUAUCACAUAUUCGUGUGCGCGGCGGCGGCGGCCGGUCGAUGCGAGGGGAAACGCCGCGGCGAGAGAACGCAACGGAAAAAUGACGGCGUGUCGCCGUGUGCCGAUUUGACAAGUGAAGAGGAAACGCUCGGAUGGGAACAGUGUCUCGUUCGAAUACCGCGGUGCUCGACGCUUGGGGACUUUGAAAGAUACCGGGAUCCCGCGAGCCCUGGACCGAGAAGGUUGGGAAUUAACGAGCGGAAAUAUCGGGGGAGCGGGGGAGGCGAGAACGACGGCGGCGAGGGUGUGAGAGGGUGGUGAAUCGACGGAGCAGUCGAAGACGGGGCGAGGAUGACGGGCGAGGACGGGAAGGGCGGCGGCGCCGUCACCGGCGGCACCGGGGCGAACGUCACCGACAACGCUAACAACGUAAACGCGAACGUGAACGUCAGCCAGCAGAACGGCGGACCGGAAAAGGCGCCUGUCGUCGGCGGCACCAACGUGGAGACGCUGCCACGCGCCGGGAAGCAGAGCGACCCCAGCACCGCGUUCCUGCGGGCGGCUCGCGCUGGACAACUCGAGAAGGUCCUGGAGUACUUAGAGUCCGGAGUGGAUAUCAACGCUUCUAACGCUAAUGGCUUAAACGCUUUGCACUUGGCAGCUAAAGACGGCCACUUGGAGAUCGUGAGGGAGCUCCUAAAUCGCGGCGCGAUCGUAGACGCCGCUACUAAAAAGGGAAACACAGCAUUGCACAUAGCUUCUCUUGCUGGACAAGAGGAGGUUGUACAAUUGUUGGUGCAACGAGGAGCCUCCGUGAAUGCACAAUCGCAAAAUGGAUUCACGCCGCUGUACAUGGCUGCCCAGGAAAAUCACGACUCCGUGGUCAAGUAUCUCCUCAGCAAGGGUGCGAAUCAGACAUUGGCCACCGAGGACGGUUUUACUCCGUUGGCGGUGGCUAUGCAACAGGGUCACGACAAGGUGGUAGCCGUUCUGCUAGAAAACGACACUCGCGGUAAAGUUCGACUGCCCGCUCUACACAUCGCCGCGAAGAAAGACGACUGCAAAGCGGCCGCUCUACUUUUGCAAAACGACCAUAAUCCCGAUGUAACGUCGAAGAGCGGCUUCACGCCGCUUCACAUUGCGGCGCAUUAUGGCAACGACCGAAUCGCCUCCCUGCUUUACGACAGAGGCGCGGAUGUGAAUUUCGCGGCGAAGCACAAUAUCACACCGAUGCACGUGGCGGCGAAAUGGGGCAAGAUCAAGAUGGUGAAUCUCCUGAUGAGCAAGGGUGCGAACAUCGAGGCGAAAACGAGAGACGGCCUGACUCCGUUGCACUGCGCGGCCAGAUCCGGGCAUCACGAGGUAGUGGACAUACUGAUCGAGAAAGGGGCGCCGAUCGGCUCGAAAACGAAGAAUGGUCUUGCGCCGUUGCACAUGGCUUCUCAAGGGGAUCACGUCGACGCCGCGAGGAUCUUGUUGUACCACCGCGCUCCCGUCGACGAGGUGACGGUGGACUACCUGACCGCAUUGCACGUAGCUGCGCACUGCGGCCACGUGCGGGUGGCCAAACUGCUCCUGGACAGGAACGCCGAUCCCAACGCGCGGGCCCUCAACGGAUUCACCCCGCUUCAUAUCGCGUGUAAGAAGAAUCGAAUAAAGGUGGUGGAGCUCCUCCUGAAGCACAAAGCUAGCAUCGAAGCUACGACUGAGUCUGGAUUAACCCCGCUGCACGUGGCGAGUUUCAUGGGGUGCAUGAAUAUCGUGAUAUACUUGCUGCAACACGAAGCCAGCCCCGACAUACCGACAGUGAGAGGCGAAACGCCAUUACACCUAGCUGCCAGAGCGAACCAAACUGAUAUUAUUAGAAUACUUCUUAGGAACGGCGCCCAAGUCGACGCUCGAGCGAGAGAGGAACAGACGCCGCUUCACGUCGCUUCCCGCUUGGGCAACGUCGACAUCGUGAUGCUUCUGCUGCAACACGGCGCGGGGGUAGAUGCUACAACGAAGGAUUUAUAUACUCCGCUUCAUAUCGCUGCUAAAGAGGGCCAGGAGGAGGUCGCAUCCGUAUUAUUAGAGAACAGCGCGUCGCUUACCGCUACGACCAAGAAAGGAUUCACCCCCUUGCAUUUGGCGGCCAAGUACGGCAACAUGAACGUAGCGCGACUUUUGUUGCAGAAGAACGCGCCCGUUGACGCUCAAGGAAAGAACGGGGUGACGCCUCUUCACGUAGCGUCCCAUUACGAUCAUCAGAACGUGGCUCUACUUUUACUCGAUAAAGGAGCCUCGCCUCAUGCCAUGGCUAAAAACGGACACACACCGUUGCAUAUUGCCGCACGCAAGAAUCAGAUGGACAUCGCAACUACUUUGUUGGAGUACGGAGCAAAAGCCAAUGCGGAAUCAAAGGCUGGUUUCACACCGUUACAUUUGAGUGCACAAGAAGGCCACACUGAUAUGUCAACUCUUCUUAUCGAGCAUAAGGCGGACACGAAUCACAAAGCAAAGAAUGGCCUUACGCCUUUGCAUCUAUGCGCACAAGAAGACAAGGUGAACGUCGCCUCCAUUCUCGUGAAGAAUGGUGCUCAGAUCGACGCUAAGACCAAGGCUGGGUACACGCCGUUGCACGUGGCGUCGCACUUCGGCCAAGCAGCCAUGGUGCGGUUCCUCCUGAGAUCCGGCGCAGAGGUCGACAGCAGCACCAAUGCCGGCUACACUCCUCUUCACCAGGCCGCGCAGCAAGGACACACCCUGGUCAUCAAUCUGCUUUUGGAGAGCAAAGCCAAGCCGAACGCUGUGACCAACAACGGGCAGACUGCUCUGGACAUCGCGCAAAAGCUCGGCUACAUCAGCGUCAUCGAGACACUGAAGGUCGUCACCGAGACCAUCAUCACGACCACUCACACCGUCACCAUCGAGGAGAAGUACCGUGUGCAAGCGCCCGAGUCCAUGCAGGAGACCUUCAUGAGCGACAGCGAGGACGAAGGGGGUGGUGAUGAAAUCGGCACCGCAGCCAUGAAUGUGUACGGGCAGCCUCCGCACGCGCAACACGUGUACCUUCCUUCUUACUACCAGGGCCAAAUGACCUAUACCCGUGAGGAUCCGAUGCUCAGCGACCAACAGCAGUAUCGAUACAUGACUGUUGACGACAUGAAAUCCAUGGGGGAUGACUCGAUGCGCGUGAACGUGACGGACGAUGAGAGAGACAAUCGACAUUCCGGAGCGCCGACCAUAACCGAGAUGAUCACGAAGGAGAACUACCAGCGUACGACCGCGGCGAAUCUCAAGCCGGACAACGUGGACAUCAACAGGCAUCCAGUGCACGUCGGCGCGUCCCUAGAGUCCCUAUGCACUUCGCUGGCAGCCCUCAGUACCGCGCCGAAGGGACAAGGAAUGUGGAGGGACAGAAUUCCACAGUGGAGAAACUUCCUGGUUUCCUUCCUGGUGGACGCGAGAGGUGGUGCAAUGCGCGGAUGCAGGCACAGCGGCGUCCGCGUGAUUGUCCCACCGCGCAAAGCCGCGAUGCCUAUGCGUGUCACAUGCAGAUACUUGAGAAGGGACAAAUUGACGAAUCCACCACCCUUGAUGGAGGGGGAGGCGUUGGCCAGCCGUAUCCUCGAACUGGGGCCUGUGGGUGCAAAAUUCUUAGGCCCUGUUAUCAUAGAGGUACCACACUUCGCGUCGCUGCGCGGAAAGGAGCGGGAAAUAGUGAUUCUUCGAUCGGACAACGGAGAGACCUGGCGCGAGCACACCUUGGAAGCCAGCGAGGAGGCUGUCCAAGAUGUGCUUAACGAGAGCUUUGAGGGAGAAGAGCUAAGCCAGCUGGAAGAUCUCCAAACGUCACGCAUCGUUAGGAUACUCACCGUAGAUUUUCCACAUUACUUCGCGGUGGUAUCUCGUAUCAGGCAAGAGGUCCAUGCGGUUGGCCCCGAGGGCGGCACCGUGUCGUCGUCCGCUGUGCCACAAGUACAAGCUGUCUUCCCGCAAGCGGCCCUUACCAAGAAGAUCAGAGUCGGUCUGCAGGCACACCCGAUACCCGCGGAUCUCGUUGCCAAAUUACUCGGGAACAGAGUGGCGGUGUCUCCGAUCGUUACCGUCGAGCCGAGACGAAGAAAGUUCCACAAACCGAUAACCUUAACUAUCCCGGUGCCACAGGCGGCCAACAAGGGAAUGAUCAACCAAUACUCCGGGGACGCACCGACCUUGAGGCUCCUGUGCAGCAUAACUGGGGGUCAGACUCGGGCAGUCUGGGAGGACGUCACAGGCUCGACGCCGCUGACCUUCGUGAAAGAUUGCGUCUCCUUCACCACUACAGUCUCCGCACGCUUCUGGCUGAUGGACUGCCGUAACAUCUCCGAGGCCACGAAAAUGGCCACGGAACUGUACACGCACGCAACUCACGUGCCGUUCAUGGCCAAGUUCGUGGUGUUCGCGAAACGAGUGGAUCCAAUGGAGGCGAGACUACGCGUGUUCUGCAUGACGGACGACAAAGAGGACAAGACUCUGGAGCACCAGGAACACUUCACGGAAGUCGCCAAGAGCAGAGACGUUGAGGUUCUGGAGGGGAAGACGCAGUACAUGGAGUUCACGGGCAAUCUCGUGCCCGUGCUGAAGACCGGCGAGCAGCUCCAGCUGCCGUUCCGGGCGUUCAAGGAGAACCGAGUGCCGUUCACCGCGAGGAUAAAGGACCCGGACGCCGCGGACAUGAUGGGCCGCAUCAUGUUCAUGAGCGAGCCGAAAGUUCCACGUGGCGAGCUGCCGCAGACGCCGAUCUGCACGCUGAAUAUCCUGCUGCCCGAGAAGAUUUCGCCGGACACCGCGGUCUCCGAGCUCGACCUGCUCGAGCUGUCCAAGAACUACAGCUUCCUGCGCGACGGUGGAAUAAGCAGACCGGACGCCAUCCACAGAGCGACUAUUCGUCUGACGGACAUCGCCAAUCUGCUGAACACGGAUUGGGAACAGUUGGCCGAGGAGCUGAACAUACCGCCGAACGAUGUGGCCCUGAUCAAGCAGGAGUACCCGGAUAAACCGGCGCAGCAGGCAGCUGCGAUGUUCAAGAUCUGGCAGAACAACGGGAACAAAGCCACCGGGAAUACGUUGGAAAAGGCGCUCAACAAGAUCGGCCGCGAAGAUAUAGUGAACAAGUGUAUCUUCAACGUCGAGCUGGUGACGGACGACGUGGAGAAGGCCGUUGCGCGGGUCAGAUUAGAUCAGCCCGGCUUCGACUCGCUGAAGGAGGAAUUGGGCCCGUCGCGGAAUACGUCGCUCCGUCGCGAUGCAACGAUGGACCCUAAGAUGGAUCCAGAUUACGAAGAGCCUGACAGAAUGAAGGACUCCGAGUCGGUCGAGGAUCUCAGUAUCACCGGCAACGUGCACGACAAACGAACCAAACAGCACAUCACAAUCACAAACGGCACUGUAUUCAACGGAACCUCGACCCCCAUCAAAGCCAAAUACGCGAGCGACGAGAAAGAGCUCGGCGACAUGAUGGCCGAUUAUCUCACGCACAAGUGUCACGUGGCCGACACGAUGAGCAAAAAAACGCGCGACGAACUGGACGAUCCGGAGAAAAAGCGGCAGAAAGUGAUCGCGGACGCCAACAAGAUAGUAUCUGGUGUAAUAGCAGACGCUGAGAAAGAGAAGGGGAAGUUAGCGAUGGAAGGGUGGUCGGUGGUUUGUGAUGACGAUGAUGAUGCGCGGGACGGUAAAGAGGCGCGGGGUGCGGUAGGACAGACGGUAAUUAACGUACGUUUAGACAGAGAGGCGGCCGCCGAGCCGGAGGGUAUAGUGCCGGUCGCCAAGGGCGUGGUCCCGAUGAAACCCGAGCAAACGCCGCCGUCCAUUGAGCCGCCGAUGGUCAGGCAGUAUCGCGACGUUAAGCCGGAGCCCGCCAGGGUUAGUUCUUCGAGAACCGUAGUUUCCGUUAGCGGUGAUCCGGAAGUAGGUAGUCAGACGAGGGUAGUCAAGACCACGGUGACCACGGUGGUGGUUUCCCCGGACAGAAGAGGAGACGUCGUCAGCGAGAAGGAGAAGCUCUCGAAGGAGGGCAAGGAGGUGGACGAGAAGUCUGCGGACGCGAAGGCUCCCGCGGAGAUAGCCGAUAAGGAGAGGAUGAAAGAGAAGGAAAGGAAGCCGGAGGUGAGAGCUCCCGUCGAGAAGGAGAAGGAUAAACCGGAGAAGUCGGCGUACGAGGACGUUUACAACGCGCAGCAGCCCGCGGAGGAGAAGGCGCCGGACGACGAGGCGAAGAAGUCGAAGGACAGAGGCAGCGGUAUCUUCUCGGGCAUCUUCAAGGGCGCGAAGCUGAAGAAGGGCAAGAAGGGCUCGAAGGACACGUCCUUCGACAGCGGCGACGAGGAGCCGAGGACCGUCGCGGCGAAGGCUCCGUCGGAGCAACAGACGGAGCAGCGGCCUCAACCUGCCGAGAAGAUGGCCGACUCCCGUUUCGACAGCGUGCUGCCGGAGAUCAUGGUGGCGCCGGACGUGAAGUCGGCGACCGUGGAUUUCCUGGACGACUCGAGGCGAGUCGCCGCGGGCAUGCACGCGCCUUACGAGGGUCUGACUAAAGCCGAGGACGCCGCCGAGGCGGCGAGCUCCGACGGCGAGGACAAGACCGGCUUCUUCUCGAGCCUGUUCAAGAGCAGCAGCAAGCCGUCGAAGAAGGACGAGACCGCGGACGGCGGCAUGGUGAUACCGGUGAUUCACGUGGAGAAACCGAAGGAGACCGCCGAGCAGAUCGCGAAGAAGGAGAGGAAGAGGCUGGCGGCGCUCGCGAAGGAGAGGGAGGAGCUUCUCGAGCAGCAGAUGAAGGAGAAGGCGAAAGAGGAGGAGGAAGCGGCGGCGGGCAAGCUCGCGGCCGUCGAGAAAGCCCUGAAGAACGGCACGAAGCCGGCGGUCGAAGACGACGCGAGGAAGGCCGCCACGGCGGACGAGCCGACGCACGGCAAGGACGACGAGAGGGACGAGGAGCAGCAGGCGAGGGAGAAGGGCGGCUUCUUCGGCAUCUUCAGGAGUCCGAAGUCCAAGGAGAAGCGGCUCGGCAAGUCGAAGGAGACGACGUCCUUCGACAGCGGCGACGAGGAGAUCCGGCUGGUCACGGAGAAACUGCUGGACGACACUCGGAAGAUCGCCGGCGAGCAGCCGAUCGCGCGCAAGACGGACGACGUCAAGGCCGCCGCUCCGGACGAAGAGGUGCGCACCUUCGUCUCGGCCGCGCUCUACGAGGCCGACACGCCGGCCGACAAGAUCGGCAAGUCCUACGACGUCGUUCAGACGAGGACGACGAUCGAGAGGAGCGUCAUUCACGAGGAGGUGAACGGGAAAGCGGACCUCGUCGGCAGGGAGAAGGAGCGGAAGAAGCCGGACGUUGAGAAAGCCGCCCCUGAGGUGAAGCCGGAAGCCACGGAGCCGAAGGCUCCGGAGGCCGCGGAAGAGAAGGAGGCGGCCGACGGUGAGGCCGGUAGGGAGAAGAGCGGCGGCUUCUUCGGCAUGUUCAAGAGCCCGAAGCUGAAGAGCAAGAAGCGCAGCCGGUCCCGCGAGCAGAGCUCCUCGAAGGAGACCUCCUUCGACAGCGGGGACGAGGAGGUCCGCUUGGCGACGGCGAAGCUGCUGGAGGACACGAGGCAGAUGGCGGAGGGCAGCGCGCAGCCCGGGGAGAAGCUGCCGGAGCAAGAGGUGAGCGCGAACACCGCCGUCGAGCAGAUCAAGAGGGACGAGAUGAAGAGGACGACCACCGGCAUCCCCGAGGACGAGGCGGCGGCGGUCGAGAAAGGCGGCGGCAUCUUCGGUAUAUUCAGGAGCCCCAAGCAAGCGAGGAGCUCCAGGAGCAGAUCCAAGGAGAAGACCCCGUCGCUCGAGCUGCCGACGGAUAGCGGCCAGGAAGACCUGCGGGAGAUGACGGCCAAGUUCCUGCAGGAUUCGCGCAACGUCGCGAUGACGACCGGCGGGACGGCUGAGCUGCCGGAGCAGCAGCCGAGACCGGACGACAGGUUGAUCGCAGAGGUGGGGAAGGUCGAGCGGCAGGUCGCGGCGGAGGACGUCGGGAAAGCCGUCAGGGACGGCAAGCCGGAGGAGAAGACGUCGGAAGUCGCCGACGAGGCCGCGAGGGACAAGGCGGGCAAGGAGGCGAAGAGAGCGAAGGAGAAGGGCUCGGGCUUCUUAUCCGGCAUCUUCAAGGGCGCGAAACACGCCAUGGAGGAGGUGACGGACGACGUGAAGGAGUUCCUGGACGAGACGAGGAAGGAGGCCGCCUUGGAAGAGGCGCGGGCGAAGGAAGCGGCAGCCGCCGGCUCGAAGGAGCUGGAGCGGAGGAAGGACGCCGCGGUGGCUGACGCGAAGGACGCCGCCGACAAAGCGGCGGCGGAAGCGAAGGUGAAGAAAGAGAAAGCCGCGGAGAAGGUGGCGGAUCUCGCGAGAGCCGCGGCCGCCGACGAGGCGGACGCGAGGAAGGUCGGCGAGAAGGUGGAGGCAACCGCGAAGGACGCGGCGCAGGCCGGCAGGGACGUUGAAGAAGCUGUCGCUGCGGAGGCGAAGGAAGACGCGAAGCUGGUGAAGGAGAAGAUAACGUCCGCCGCUGAUGCCGCCGCGGACACCGCAGUGGCUGCCAAGGACAAGGCCGUGAAGGAGGGGAAGAAGGCGAAGGAGAAGGGCAGCGGAUUCUUCUCCGGGAUAUUCAAGGGCGCGAAACACAGCGUGGAGGAAGCGACCGACGACGCGAAGGAGUUCCUGGAUGAGACGAAGAAGGAGGCUCAGCUGGAGGAGCAGCGGGCUAAGGAAAAGACUGCUGCUGGUCUUAAGGACUUGAAGGAGAAGAAGGACGCCAUUGUGAGCGGAGUUCAGGAAGCUGCUGACAAAGCCGUUUCCGACGCCAAGGACGCCAAGGACAAAACAGUCUCCGCAGUUAAAGACAAGAAGGAUAAGAUCGCGGAGGAAGCGUCGAAGGACGCGCGGAAAGUCGUCGACGCCACGAAGGCGGCCGGUGAGAAAGUGACCGAAGAAGCGAAGAAAGUCGAUGAGAAGAUCAGCGCGACCGCCGCUGACGUGGCUCAAGCAGUUAAGGACACCAAGGAUGCGGCGGUUAAGGAGGUGAAGGAAGACGCGAAAUUAGCGAAAGAGAAAUUAGCUGCGGGCGCUGAGGCCGUCGCGGAAUCCGCGGAGGCUGCCAAGGACAAGGCAGGCAAGGAGGCGAAGAAGGCUAAGGAGAAGACGAGUGGCUUCUUCUCCGGGAUAUUUAAAGGUGCUAAGCAUGCCGUGGAGGAUGCAGCUGAUGACGCGAAGGAGUUCGCGGACGAGACGAAGAAGGAGGCUCAACUGGAGGAGGAGCGCGCCAAGGAAAAGGCCGCCGCGGGUCUGAAGGAUCUGAAAGAUAAAAAGGACGCCGUCGUUAUCGGGGCUCAGGAAGCAGUCGAAAAAGUAGCAGCUGACGUGAAAGACGCCAAGGAUAAGACGGUGUCUGCUGUGAAGGACAAGAAGGAUAAAAUCGUGGAAGAGGUCUCGAAGGACGCUCAGAGAGUCACCGACACCACGAAGGCGGCCGGAGAGAAAGUCGUGACGGAGACCAAGAAGGUCGGUGAAAAGGUGGGAGCAGCUGCGGCAGACGUCGCCCAGGGCGUCAAGGAUGCCAAGGAUGCUACGGUGAAGGAAGUGAAGGAAGACACGAAAGUGGUGAAGGAGAAAUUAGCAGCUGGCGCCGAGGCUGUGGCAGAAACUGCGGAGGGAGCGAAAGACAAAGCGACCAAGGAGGCGAAGAAAGCCAAGGAGAAGACCAGUGGUUUCUUCUCGGGAAUUUUCAAGGGCGCGAAGCACGCCGUGGAAGACACAGCCGACGAUGUCAAGGAAUUCCUCGACGAGACGAAGAAGGAAGCUGCGCUGGAGGGAGAGCGUGCCAAGGAGAAGGUCUCUGCCGGAGUGAAGGACCUGAAGGACAAGAAAGACGUCGUUGUCACUGGAGCUCAGGAGGCCGCCGACAAGGCAGUUGCCGACGCGAAGGACGCCAAGGACAAAGCGGUGUUCGCUGUUAAAGACAAGAAGGACAAAGUUGCCGAGGAGGUGUCGAAAGACGCGCAGAAAGUCGUCGACAUCACGAAGGCGGCCGGUGAGAAAGUGACGGGAGAAGCGAAGAAAGUCGAUGAGAAGAUCAGCGCGACCGCCGCUGACGUGGCUCAAGCAGUUAAGGACACCAAGGAUGCGGCGGUGAAAGAGGCGAAGGAAGACGCAAAAUUGGCGAAGGAAAAAAUAGCGGCGGGCGCUGAGGCCGUCGCGGAAUCCGCGGAGGCUGCCAAAGACAAGGCUGGCAAGGAGGCAAAGAAGGCCAAAGAAAAAACGAGCGGCUUCUUCUCCGGGAUAUUCAAAGGUGCUAAACACGCCGUGGAGGAUGUGGCGGGCGACGUGAAGGAAUUCGUGGACGAGACGAAGAAAGAGGCUCAACUGGAAGAGGAGCGUGCCAAGGAGAAGGCCGCUGCGGGUUUCAAGGAUCUAAAGGAUAAGAAGGACGCCGCCGUUACCGGAGCUCAGGAAGCAGUCGAAAAAGUAGCAGCUGACGUGAAAGACGCCAAGGACAAGGCGGCGUCUGCUGUGAAGGACAAGAAGGACAAAGUCGCGGAAGAAGUCUCGAAGGACAGCCAGAGAGUCGCCGACAGCGCGAGGACGGCCGGAGAGAAAGUCGCUACGGAGACGAAGAAGGUCGGUGAGAAGAUAGGAUCAGCUGCGGCGGACGUCGCUCAAGGGGUCAAGGACGCCAAGGACGCGACGGUGAAGGAAGUGAAGGAAGACACCAAGUUGGCGAAGGAGAAAUUGGCCGCCGGCGCCGAAGCAGUCGCGGAAUCCGCGGAGGCUGCCAAGGACAAGGCAGGCAAGGAGGCGAAGAAAGCCAAGGAGAAGACGAGCGGCUUCUUCUCCGGGAUAUUCAAAGGAGCGAAACACGCGGCGGAAGACACAGCCGACGAUGUCAAGGAAUUCGUGGACGAGACGAAGAAGGAGGCUGCGCUGGAGGAAGAGCGUGCCAAGGAUAAGGUCGCUGCCGGAGUGAAGGACCUGAAGGACAAGAAGGACGCCGUCGUCGCCGGAGCUCAGGAGGCCGUCGACAAGGCAGUUGCGGGCGCGAAGGACGCCAAGGACGAAACAGUCUCCGCCGUGAAGGAGAAGAAAGAAAAGAUCGCGGAGGAGAUCUCGAAGGGUGCUGAAAAGGUAGCCGACGGCACGAAGGCGGCUGGCGAAAAGGUAGCCUCGACUGCCGCGGACGUUGCGCAGGGCGUUAAGGACACGAAGGAAGCGGCCGUUAAGGAAAUCAAGGAAGACGCGAAAUUGGCGAGGGAGAAACUCGCGGCUGCCGGCGACGCCGUUGCGGAGGCCGCGGAUGGCGCGAAGGACAAGGCGAAGAAAGCCAGAGAAAAGGGAUCGGGCUUCUUCUCCGGCAUCUUCAAGGGCGCGAAGCACGCCGCCGAGGAUACGGCCGAGGACGUCAAGGAACACGUGAGCGAUGCGAGGAAGGAAGCUGCGGAGGCGUCGGAGGACUUGAAACGCAAGAAGGACGACGUGGUAGCUAGCGUCAGAGACGUCGCGGACAAGGCGGUCGAAGGUGCGAAGGACACGAAGGACAAAGUCGCGGACGCAGCGGCUAGGGACGCGGAGAAGAUAUCUGAUACCUUGAAGGCAGUCGGCGACGACGUCUCCGCGAAGACGAAGGACAUCGGACGGGAGGCGGAGGCUACCGCGGCUGACGUCGGACGUGGUGCGAGGGACGUCAAGGAUGCGGUGAUUGCGGAAGCGAAGCACGAAGCCUGGGUCGCGAGGGAGAGAUUGGCCGGCGGGAUUGAGUCCGUCGCGGACACUGCGGAGGCUGCGAGGGACAAGGCGGCGAAGGAAGCGAAGAAGGCCAAGGAGAAGGGCAGUGGCUUCCUUUCCGGGAUAUUCAAAGGAUCGAAGCACUCGGUGGACAGCGCGGCGGAGGACACGAGGGAGUUCCUGGAGGAGACGAGGAAGGAGGCCGCGUCGGAGCAGGCGCGAGUCAGGGAAGCGACAGAGGCCGAGCUGAAGGACCUCGAGCGCAGGAAGGACGGCACCGUGGCCGAGGCGAGGGAAGCGAAGGACCGUGCGGCCGAGAAGGUGAGCGAGCGAGCCGCCGACGCGGCCAGGGUGGCGGGAGAGAGGACGGUCGCCGAGACGAAGCGAGUCGCCGGCGAUGUCGCGCAGGGAAUCGCGGAGACUAAGGACAGCGUGACGAAGGAGCUGAAGGAGGACGCGCAGGCGGUGAAGGACAAAGUCAAGGCGGCCGGCGAGGCAGUGGCGGAGAGCGCGGCGGCUACGAAGGACAAGGCGGCGAAAGAGGCGAGGAAGGCCAAGGAGAAAGGCAGCGGUUUCCUCUCGGGGAUAUUCAAGAGCGCGAAGCACACCGCGGAGGAAGUGUCGGACGACGCGAAGGAAUUCGCGGACGAGACGAGGAGGGAAGCCGCGGCGGAGGAAGAGCGCGCCAAGAAGAAAGUCGCCGGAGGUCUCAGGGAUCUAAAGGAUAAGAAGGACGCCGCCGUUACCGGAGCUCAGGAAGCUGCCGAAAAAGUAGCAGCUGACGUGAAAGAGGCCAAGGACAAGGCGGUGUCUGCCGUGAAGGACAAGAAGGACAAAAUCGCGGAAGAAGUCUCGAAGGACGCCCAGAGUGUCGCCGACAGCGCGAAGGCGGCCGGAGAGAAAGUCGCGACGGAAACCAAGAAGGUCGGUGAAAAGGUGGGAGUAGCUGCGGCGGACGUCACUCAAGGAGUCAAGGACGCCAAGGAUGCGACAGUGAAGGAAGUGAAGGAAGACACGAAAGUGGUGAAGGAGAAAUUAACCGCCGGCGCUGAGACUGUGGUAGAAAUCGCGGAGGGAGCGAAGGAUAAAGCUGGCAAGGAGGCGAAAAAGGCCAAGGAGAAGACCAGUGGUUUCUUCUCCGGGAUAUUCAAGGGCGCGAAACACGCCGUGGAAGACGCAUCCGACGACGUCAAGGAAUUUUUGGACGAGACGAGGAAGGAGGCCCAGCUGGAGGAGGAGCGGGCUAAGGAAAAGGCUGCUGCCGGUCUCAAGGACUUGAAGGAGAAGAAGGACGCCGUUGUGAGCGGAGUUCAGGAAGCUGCUGACAAAGCUGUUUCCGACGCCAAAGAGGCAAAGGACAGAGCAGUGUCUGCCGUUAAAGACAAGAAGGACAAGGUCGCCGAGGAAGUGUCGAAGGACGCGCAGAGAGUCACCGACACCACGAAGGCCGUCGGUGAAAAAGUGGAGGAAGGAACGAAGAAAGUCGGUGAGAAAAUCAGCGCGACCAUCACGGACGUGGCUCAGGGAGCUAAGGACACCAAGGAUGCGGCGGUUAAGGAGGUGAAGGAAGACGUGAAAUUAGCGAAAGAGAAAUUAGCUGCGGGUGCUGAAGCCGUCGCGGAAUCCGCGGAGGCUGCCAAGGACAAGGCAGGCAAGGAGGCAAAGAAGGCUAAGGAGAAGACGAGUGGCUUUUUCUCCGGGAUAUUCAAAGGUGCUAAGCAUGCCGUGGAGGAUGCAGCUGAUGACGCGAAGGAGUUCGCGGACGAGGCGAAGAAGGAGGCUCAACUGGAGGAGGAGCGUGCCAAGGAAAAGGCCGCCGCGGGUCUCAAGGAUCUGAAAGAUAAAAAGGACGCCGUAGUUACCGGGGCUCAGGAAGCAGUCGAAAAAGUAGCAGCUGACGUGAAAGACGCCAAGGAUAAGACGGUGUCUGCUGUGAAGGACACGAAGGAUAAAGUCAUGGAAGAGGUCUCGAAGGACGCUCAGAGAGUCGCCGACACCACGAAGGCGGCCGGAGAGAAAGUUGUGACGGAGACCAAGAAGGUCGGUGAAAAGGUGGGAGCAGCUGCGGCAGACGUCGCCCAGGGCGUCAAGGAUGCCAAGGAUGCUACGGUGAAGGAAGUGAAGGAAGACACGAAAGUGGUGAAGGAGAAAUUAGCAGCUGGCGCCGAGGCUGUGGCAGAAACUGCGGAGGGAGCGAAAGACAAAGCGACCAAGGAGGCGAAGAAAACCAAGGAGAAGACCAGUGGUUUCUUCUCGGGAAUUUUCAAGGGCGCGAAGCACGCCGUGGAAGACACAGCCGACGAUGUCAAGGAAUUCCUCGACGAGACGAAGAAGGAAGCUGCGCUGGAGGAAGAGCGUGCCAAGGAGAAGGUCUCUGCCGGAGUGAAGGACCUGAAGGACAAGAAAGACGCCGUUGUCACUGGAGCGCAGGAGGCCGCCGACAAGGCAAUUGCCGACGCGAAGGACGCCAAGGACAAAGCGGUGUCCGCUGUUAAAGACAAGAAGGAUAAGGUCGCCGAGGAGGUGUCGAAGGACGCGCAGAAAGUCGUCGACAUCACGAAAGCGGCCGGUGAGAAAGUAGCGGAAGAGACGAAGAAGAUCGGCGAGAAAAUCAGCGCGUCCGCCAUGGACGUGGCUCAGGGAGCUAAGGACACUAAAGAUGCGCUAGUGAAAGAGGCGAAGGAAGACGCAAAAUUAGCGAAGGAAAAAAUAGCCGCGGGCGCUGAGGCCGUCACGGAAUCCGCGGAGGCUGCCAAAGACAAGGCUGGCAAGGAGGCAAAGAAAGCCAAAGAAAAGACGAGCGGCUUCUUCUCCGGCAUAUUCAAGGGCGCGAAACACACGGCGGAGGACAUGGCUGACGACGCGAAGGAGCUCGCGGAGGACGUGAAGGAGGGAGCGGUCGCCGAAGGGGAACGCGCGAGGGCAUCCGCGGAAUCCGGUCUGACGGAUCUGAAGGACAAGCGGGACGGCGCGAUCAGCAGCGUGAAGGUGGCGAAGGACGACGUCGGAGCGGCUGUCAAGGGCGCGUCGUUUAAGGCGGCGGAAGAAUUAUCUGACGGUGUCCGCAGGGCCGUCGACGGCGCGAGAGACGCGGCCGAGGAGACCACCAUGUCGGCUCGACGAGGUUUCAUCGCGGAAGACGUCGUCGAGGACGCGAAGGAUGCGAUCGCGAAGGAGGUGAAAGAGGACGCACAGGCGGCGAAGGACCAAGCCUCGAAAGAAGCGAAGAAGGCGAAGGACAAGGGCAGCGGCUUCCUCUCGGGGAUGUUCAAGGGCGCGAAGCAGGGCGCCGAGGGCGCGACCGACGACCUGAGUAGAUUCCUCGACGAAAUGCGGAUGGACGCGUCGACAGGGACCGCGGCCGAGGGUCUGAAGGACCUCGAUCAUAAGAAAGACGCCGUCAUGGCGAGUGCCGCGAAGGAUGCCGAGGACAAGACGGCAGCUGCGAGAGAUGCGAAGGAUAAGAUCGCGCAGAAGGUGGCGUUCGAAGAGGUCGACAGAGCCGUCGUCGACGCGACGGUGAAGGCCGGAGCGAGGGAGGUUGGCGAGAAGAUUGACUCGGCGGCGCGCGGGGGAGUCGCCAAGGACGCGGUCGUCAAGGAGGCGCGGGACGACGCGAAGAUGGCGAGAGAAAAAAUAGCUGGCGUCGAAGGUGCGGCCGAGGACGCUGCUAGGGACAAAGCGAGCAAGGAAGCGAGGAAAGCUAAGGAGAAGGGAUCCGGCUUUUUGUCGGGCAUCUUCAAGGGCGCGAAGCACGUCGUGGAAGAUGCCACGGACGACGUGAAGGAGUUCCUGGACGAGACGAAGAGGGAGGCUCAGUUGGAGGAGCAACGUGCCAAGGAAAAGGCCGCUGCCGGUGUGAAGGAUCUGAAGGAUAAGAAGGAUGCUGUCGUCGCCGGGGUGCAAAGGACCGCGGAGAGAACUGCCGUCGAGACAGAUGCCGCUGUGAAAGAGAAGAAGGACAAGGUCGCCGAGGAAGUGUCCAAGGACGCGCGGAAGGUCGCCGACGCCGCGAAGGCGGCCGGUGACAAGGUGGCGGAGGAGACGAAGAAGAUCGGCGCGACCGCCGCGGACGCCAAGGAGGCUGCCGUGAAGGAAGUUAAGGACGACGCGAAGCUGCUGAAAGAGAAAUUGGCGGCGGGAUCAGCAGCUGUGACGGACAGCGCCGAGGCAGCCAAGGACAAGGCGGUCGAGGAGGCGAAGAGAGCUAAGGAGAAGGGAUCCGGCUUCCUGUCGGGCAUAUUUAAAGGCGCGAAACACGGUGUGGAAGAAGCGACCGACGGCGCGAAGGAGUUCCUGGCCGAGACGAAGAAGGAGGCUCAGCUGGAGGAGCAGCGGGCUAAGGAAAAGGCUGCUGCCGGUCUCAAGGACUUGAAGGACAAGAAGGACGCUGUCGUGAGCGGAGUUGAGGAAGCUGCUGACAAAGCCGUUUCCGACGCCAAGGACUCCAAGGACAAAGCAGUCUCCGCUGUUAAAGACAAGAAGGUUAAGAUCGCGGAGGAGGUGUCCAAAGACGCGCAGAGGGUCGCCGACGGCGCGAAGGCGGCCGGUGAGAAAGUGGCGGAGGGGACGAAGAGAGUUGGUGAGAAAAUCGGCGCGACUGCGGCGGUGAAGGAAGUUGAGGAAGACGCGAGGCUGGCGAGGGACAAAUUGGCGGCUGGAUCCGCAGCAGUGGCGGACGGUGCCGAGGCGGCUAAGGACAAGGCGGCGAAGGAUGCGAAGAAAGCGAAAGAAAAGGGUUCCGGCUUUCUGUCGGGCAUAGUAAAGGGCGCGAAGCACGCGGUCGAGAGCGCGAAGGGCGACGUCAAGGAGUUCCUGGACGAGAUGAAGCACGAAGCUGAAGUGGAGGAAAUUUGCGCCAAGGAUGCGGCGACGGCCGGCAUGAAGGAGUUGAAGGACAAGAAAGACGCUGUUGUCAGCGGCGCGAAGGACGCGACCGAUCGGACAGCCGCCGAAGUGAAGGAAGCCAGGGACAAGACCGUGGCGGCUGCGAAAGACACGAAGGUCGCCGAGAAGGUGUCCGAGGACCUGGACAAAGCUGCCGACGCGGCCAAGGCGGCCAGGGGCAAGGUGACAUCGGGCGCGAAGGAAGUCGGCGAGAAGGUGGAGUCCGCGACGCGCGACAUUGCGCAGGGCGCCAAGAACGUGAAGGACGCGACGGUGAAGGAAGUCGAGGAAGACGCGAGGCUGGCGAAGGAGAAAUUGACGGACGGUGCCGAGGCGGCUAAGGACAAGGCGGCGAAGGAGGCGAAGAAAGCGAAAGAAAAGGGUGCCGGCUUUCUGUCGGGCAUAGUAAAGGGCGCGAAGCACGCGGUCGAGAGCGCGAAGAGCGACGUCAAGGAGUUCCUGGACGAGACGAAGCACGAGGCUGAAGUGAAGGAAGUUCGUGCCAAGGAGAGGGCGGCGGCCGGUCUCAGGGAGCUGAAGGACAAAAAGGACGGCGUAACGGCCGACGUGAAGGACGCCAAGGACAAGGUCGCGAAAGAGACAGGCAAGACUGCGGCCGCGACGAGGGACGCGGUGGAGGAGCUGGCGAGCGAGAGCAGGAGGAAGGUCGGCGAGGAGAUCGAGGCGGACGCGAAGGCGGUGAAGGAGAAGUUGGCGAGGGACGCUCGGAAGACGAAGGAUUCCGGCUCGGACCUUCUCUCUGAAAUGGCCGAAGACGCGAAACGAGCGAAGCAGGACGUCGGCAGCGACGUGAAGGACUUCCUGGAGAUGGCGAGGCAAGAAGCGGCGGUCGAGGAGGCUCUCGCGAGGGAGGCCGCCGCGGCGAGACUGGAGGAGCUCGAGCGAGCCAAGGACAGGGCGGUCGACGAGGCGAAGUCAUCCGCGGCGAAAGCCGCCAAGAGCAAGACGGUUUCCGGCUUGAAGAGUGCGACCGGCAAGGCCGUCGGCGAGGUUUCCGGCGCUGCGAAGGCGAAGUCAUCCGCCGGGCAAGACGCGACGCAGAAGGCUAAGCGCACCAAGAGUGACGCCGUGGCGAGCGAAGCGAGGAGCGAGACGCGAGUCGUCAAGGAGAAAUUGACGACGGCUGGCGGCGAGGACGCGAAGGACGCGAAGAAAGCGAGGCAGAAGGCCGGCGGCUUCCUGUCGGGAGUGGUGAAGAGCGCCAGGAGCGUGGUAGAGGGCGCGACCGACGACAUGCGGGAGUUCCUGCAGGAGACGAAGCAGGAAGCGGAGGAGGCUCGCGCGAAGGGCGGCAGGUCGAACGGCGGCGCGAAGGACGGCAAGAGGAAGGCCGUCCCGAGAGCCGUCGUCACCAAGAGCGAGAGCAGCGCGAGAUCGUCGACGUCGUCGUUGUCUUCGUCGUCGUCGGUGACGACGAUCACGGAACUGCGCGCAGCAGGUGGCCACCGCGAGGUCACGCCCGUUCAGGACGCCGGCUCCGGCGACGCCGAGCAUUUAUCCGAGUCAGUUAGGGUUAAGAGAGUAUCUCGCAUUCCACAAAAGGUUAGUCCGGGUAAGGAGGUCGCGUCGGAGGUCGAUCCCGCUAGGUUAGAGGCAGUAUCCGCUGCGGUAGGGCACCCCGAGCCUCACACACGGCACACCGUCACCACUGUCGUGACAAAGUCUGUGCGAACGACCCCACCACCACCCGGUCUCGCCGAGUUCAGUGACAGUAGAACCGAAGACGUGACCGAGGAGGCUGCGAAGCGGGCGCAGGACCUGGCGAGCGAGCGGGCCCACACGACGAGCAAAGCAGGGCAUGAUUCGGCUGAGAUUGAUGGGACUGUAGAGAGGCAUGCUACUUCUGCUCCAUCAAAGCAACCUGUUCCCGCCCCGCGUCACUCCACCAAGCCGUCUACCAAAGCCGAGCUCCGUCUGGAGCUCGGCGACGUCUCACGAUUACCGUCGCCCGGCGCCACCGGCGGCAAAGGUAAAGCGCUCGAGCAGCCGACGACGCAGCAGGAGGCGGCGCACUCGCCGAGCAAGGGCAGCCCGAAGAGCAAGAUACCGGUGAAAGCGAAGAGGCAGCCCUCGGAGGAGAGCGAGGAGCCCGUCGAGAACGCGACGAUCCUGGCGAGAUCCCAGGGUGUCGAGUCCCCGAGGAGGGAGCCCGCCGCACCGAGGGCGACCUCGCGGACCAGCGUGCGAUGCGUCACCACGGAGUACACGGACGGCGAACUGACGACGAAGCGGACGAUAGAGCGGAGCGAGUUGCCGAGCGAGGCGACCCGGGCGUUCCGAGUUACGGAAAUGAUCCCGUCGACGAUGGGCGACGGUGCGACGGUCGAACAGCAGAUACGAACGAGGACGACGAGCGGCGACGACGACGAGGAUCCGUCGCUUCUCGACCCCGAGAAGCUGGAGGAGCUGCUGAAGACGGGCGGAGUCGUGGAGACGGUGAGGACGGUGACCGUCACCGCGGAGGCGGGCGCUCUGGAGCCGAUGACGCGCGAGGAGGUCGUCAAGAGGAUAAACCUGGUCGCCAGCGGCAUGCCGAGCGAGAUCUUCGACUUCGGCGACCGGUUCCCGGCGGACUCCACCGGCGGUAGCGGCACCACCACCACCACCACCAGGACGAUCAAGACCGACCGGUCGACGGACUCGGAGGGCACCGAGGUGCAGACGGUCACGACGGUGCGGCGCGUGACGAUGGAGAUGCCGGAGGUCGAGAGGACCGAGAGGAAGCUGGUGAGGACCGUGAUCUCCUCCGGCGGCGAGGACUACGAGGACGCUCUAAAGAGGAGCCUCGAAGAGCGGCUCGCGAGAACCGAGGUCGGGGACACCGCCUCGUGGGCGGCGGCGGCGGCUGCGACGACGGCCGCCGCCGUCGGUCGGCCGCUUACCAAGGACGAGAAGUCCGAAGUGGUCUGGCAGGAGGUGUCCUCCAGGCGGCAGGAGGAACGGCCGGAUCAGUGGGAGGGCUCGCGCUUCUCCCAGGACACCUCGCCCGGCUCCGGCAACGGCGACGUUUACGCCAACAACAACAACAACAACGACGGCGGCGGCGGUAACAACAACGUCAACAACAGCAACAAGAACGGUAGCGCGAGACACGAGGUGCACAGCGACACCGAUAGUGACGGUUCGCCGCAACCGAGAAGACGAUCCCCCAGCAAGAGGCGUACGUUGGGCAGUUCCAGCGGUUCGGAUGUAGCACUGCACGAAGGUGCGGAGCUGUCCCCGUUGGAGGACGACCAAGAAUCUGACUUUUUGCAACAUAGCGAGCCAUCCUUCAUGGAAACGACAACGAUCGAGGUGGAUCCUGUCACGCAGGAAAGUAUAACGACGACCACGCGAACGGAGACGAGAACGAUAACGUCCGCGGGAACCGGCGGUACGGACGAGCUGCGAGAAUCAAUGCAGAAGAUCAUGGACACGUUCAUGACGGAGGAGAGGAAGGACCACUAAGAGGGCCUGGCGACUGGAUGCUUCUUCAGGGCGGAGUCGCGAGACGGAAGAGAUACGGGAUGAGGGAAAGAGAGAGACAGAGAGAAGGAGACGAAGGAAGGAGGAGGAGGAAUCGAAGCCGAAUGGUCGAAGAGAGUCGACCUUCUUCGGGAGCCACCGAUCCUCGCGAGGGUUCGACGCGUCCUCGGGUGUCGAACGACGACGACGAGUUCUCGAUUUCCACACACCUUUAGAGAGAGCCGCGGAGACGCCGAGGGGACCCAUGCGACGUCCCCGUCGUCUCCGGGGCGCUUCACGCCAAGCAUGCACGAUGAUUUUUCAAACUACCACGCUCUCUCAUGGCCUAUGCUUCGGAUUUGCUUGCCUUUCCGUUCCGCUCAGUUGCCUUACACUCUUUGCGUUCUUCAAUCUCGCGCGAUCAAUCGACGACGACGAUGAUGAUUAUGACGAUGAUGAUUAUGAUGGCGAUGAUAUGAUGAUAAUGAUGUUGUGUAUUGUCGUUGCUAGUCCGACUAGCCGAUCCGCGCUAGUCUUCACUAUGCCAACCCGUCCAUGUACAACGCCUUUCUCGUGUUGUUCGAAGCCGAUUGCGAAUUGGAGGAGAGGUAGAAGGGGGAGGGGGAGGAGGAGGAGAGGAAAAGGAAAGACAGGCGAACGUGGUGAGCCGAGACGAGGUGGUGGUGAGAGUAUGGAAAGAGUAAGGACGAGAAUGGUGCGGAGAAGGAAGAAGGAAACGCGCGAACAAGGAGGGAGUGCGGCAGCAGCAGGAUAAGGAUCGUCUCGGGCGAACGAUCUGCCGAUAUCACCGCGAUCGUUUUAGGCUAGCAAGAUUCUCGCGAGAAUAGUCCGUUUAAGCUUUAGGAUGGUUGUAUAUCUCUAUCCGCGCAAUACAUCGCUUAAUAGGUCGGCAAUAUAUAUAUAUGAAAAAAAAAAUAUAUAUAUAUAUAAAUAUAUAUAUUUCAUUAACACACUUUCGACGAUGAACAAUUGACGAAGUUUCUGAGAGGGAAUGGGGAAAGUUUCUCGCUGUUACUCGACUCAGUCGCGAGUCCCGGCGCAAUAAACAAAAAAAAAAGAACAAAAAAAGGGGGGUGGAGGACGGGAAAAAUGCGAAAAACGAGCGGCCGCUUACCGUUGAUUCGAUUAGCAGCGAGCGAUAUAAAUGUUUUUAUGCAUCGGGAUAUAAUGUAAAUUUAACUUGUUUAAAAAAGGGAUAUUUCCUAACAGUUUUUAAUUGUAUAUAUAAUAAGUUCUUAGCGUAUAACUUAUAUAAAUGUACUAUGGAUACGAUUGUAAUAAUUAUAAGAUUCUAACAGGAA